GCGCGGGGCCAGCGCCCGGCCUGGGGAGAGCCCGCCCCGCACCGUGAUGUGGCCACAGGAGGGGCUUGCUGGGCUCCUGUCUCUCCCCGGAGGGCUUUAGAACGGCCACUCUUACACUUGUCAUGGAAUUAAAGAAAACUACCUCCAGGCCGUGCCAUGCCGCUCUCCUGCUGCCACUUUUCCUCUUGUUUUGGGGAACUUCAUACUCUGAAAAUGACAGUGGCUGCUCCUCGUCCCCAUGUAAGAAUGGGGGGAGCUGUAAGGAUUCGGAAGUGGGUUACCAGUGCACCUGCCCCGUGGAGCCUGUAGCCUAUGUGGGCAUAAAUUGUGAACUCCUCUACGAUGCUUGCAUUGAACAUAAGUGUCCUGCCCACAUGACCUGCACCGGGACUCCAGGACUCCUGGAAUAUCAGUGUGCGUGUGCACCCGGCUCCGCGGGCGCCGACUGCGACGGCGUCGAUGAGUGCGAGAGCAGCCCUUGCACAGCCCCUGGAUUUGAAUGUGUGGAUGGCCCAACUGGAUUCACCUGUAGGUGCCAGCUGGGUGGAGAAGGCUGCCAGGCACAGAGCUCGGCGUGCUCCAGCCAGCCCUGCCUGAACAACGGCACGUGUGCGGAGGCUCCGGGCGGGUUCCGCUGCCUCUGCCGGCCCGGCUUCAGCGGGGCCACGUGCGGGGACGACAUCGACGAGUGCGCGUCGGGGCCGUGCAGGAACGGGGCCAUCUGCAGGGACAGGGCGGGCGAGUACAGCUGCUUCUGCGUGCCCGGCUUCCAGGGCUCCAACUGCGAGAUCGACAUCGACGAGUGCGCGUCCCGGCCCUGCCGCAACCACGGCACCUGCCUCAACCACAUGGACCGCUACGAGUGCCGCUGCGCGCCCGGGUACGCAGGUGUGAACUGUGAUACUGAAAUAGAUGAAUGUGCUUCAGAGCCUUGCCAAAAUGGGGCCCUGUGCAAUGAUCAUGUCGGGUUCUACACCUGCACCUGUGCACCAGGUUAUGAAGGACCCCAGUGCGAGGUGGACAUCAAUGAAUGUGAGAGCCAGCCAUGCCAGAACAACGGGACGUGUCAUGACCUCGUUAACAGCUACCGUUGUGACUGCAGUGACACCGGCUUCGAGGGGGCCCACUGCGAGCUGGACAUCCUGGAGUGUGCCUCUGACCCCUGCCACAACAAUGCCACGUGCCUGGAGGGAAUCAAGGGCUACAGCUGUGCCUGCUGGCCAGGGUACGCCGGGCAGGACUGUGAGGAGGAUGUGGAUGAGUGUGCGACAGAGCCCUGUCACAACGGUGGCCUGUGCCUGGAGCGCUCCAACCCGGCCCAUUACGGGACACAGCCCCUCUUCCCCAGCAACUUCAGCUACAGCCAAGCAGCUGGCUUCCUGUGCCAGUGCCAGCCAGGCUUCACAGGGGAGACCUGCUUUACCAACAUCGACGAGUGCGAGUCCCAGCCCUGCCAGCACGGAGGGCGCUGCCAGGACCUGGUGAACGGCUUCCUCUGUCACUGCCUGCCUGGUUAUUCAGGUGCGGAAUGUGCUGUUAACAUCAACGAGUGUGCGGAGGGGCCCUGCAAGAAUGGAGCUGUCUGUGAGGAUGGCAUUGCUGACUAUUCCUGCCGCUGUGUCCCUGGCCAGGAUGGCAUCACGUGGGGAGGGAAGAACUGCUCUGUCCAGCUCACUGGGUGCCAGAGGCACGACUGCCAAAACGAGGCCUUGUGCAUCCCAACCUACCGAGCUGAGAGCCACGGCCACCUGUGCCAGUGCCAGCCUGGUUUCUAUGACGCCACAUGCUCGACACCAACAACAUUUUCCUUUGCUUCCAGAGGGUAUCUUCUCUCUGAGCUGCCCGAGAACAGCGAGGGCAGGAGGGGCGCAGGAGGAGCCAACGUGUCCCUCCGCUUCCGAACCACUCUGCCCAGCGCUGUCCUUUUCUACCGAGGCCGUGAAGCAGAGUACUUGUUCCUGGAGCUCCUGGAUGGCAUCCUGCAUGCAGAGCUGAAGAGGGAGGGUGUUGGGUACCCGCUCUUCCUGAAGGGGCUGAGAGUGGACGAUGGUCAGUGGCAUAAAGUGGAAGUCGUCGUGCACAGCGCGGUGCAGCUGAAGCUCUGGCACGGCUCUUGUGAGGCCGGGCUCUGCCUGCAGAGCUCUCCCAUUCCACCGGGCACUGCUCUGAUCCCACAAGCCUUCCUGAGCCUGUACAUUGGAGGUACUGAGGAUCCAAUGGCCAACAACACACGGAGCCAGCAAGGCUUUGUGGGCUGCCUGCAAGACUUGCAGGUGGAUGCUGAGGCCGUGCUGCCGGCGGAUCUGGCGCUGGGGGAGUCGUCCCCGGCGAGGCCGGGCUGUGACCGCACCGAGUGGUGCCUGUCCCAGCCCUGCUUCCACGGAGGGCUCUGUGUGGACCUUUGGGCCACCUUCAGGUGUGACUGUGCCAGGCCCUACGGAGGCCCAGCUUGCUCAUACGAGCACCCAGCAGCAACAUUUGGCCUAGAGAAUUCCACCAGCUUUGUCUAUUUCACCCUUUCUGACAGCCUCGGUGCAGACUUCAACCUCUCCUUCUUGGUGCGGAGCCGGAAGGCCGAGGGUUUGUUACUGCAGCUCUGCAAUGGGACAGGCCCCUGCCUCACCCUGUACCUGAGGGGGGGCCAGCUGAGCAUAGAGGCGUCACCCACGGACACUGUGACCUUGCCAGGGAACCUGGUUGAUGGGAGAAGACAUUUGGUAGCCCUGUCUUUCCAGGGGGGCUCUGUGGGCGCUCUGCAGUCAGACACCUUCGUGGAGCUGGGGCAGCUGCCGCCACAAGCCCUGGGAGCUGGCUCUGAAGUGUUUAUUGGGGGACACCCGAACCCCGGCAGUGCUGAGCUCUGGGGGGGCUAUUUCAAGGGCUGUUUGCAGGACAUCCAACUCAACAGCCACCAGAUACAGCUUUUCCAGGUGGAGAACAGCAGUGUGCCAGAGGAACUCAAUAGGACUCAAACUGGAAAUCCUGUGAAGGGCUGCAUCUCUGAUGACACCUGCAAGUCUGAGCCAUGUCAGAAUGGUGGCAGAUGCAUUGUCACUUGGAAUGAUUUCCAUUGCAGCUGUCCAGCAAAUUUCACUGGGAAAUUCUGUGAAGAGAAAGUCUGGUGUGAAAGUGACCCAUGUCCUGAAGCCACCACCUGCAUAGACGUUGUGGCAGGAUAUGUGUGUCUGGCUAAUGCAACAUUUAAUAGUCACGGUGCCAUAGAAUUUACCACCAACACGUCAGUGACCAGAACUCUGAGCAGCCUCUACAUGGACUUCAGAACCAGAGAUGAAGAUGCCAUUUUGCUUCGGGCUGUGGAAGAGGUGGAUUCCCUCCAGGUAGCCAUUAAGAAUUCCUCCCUGCUUGUUGACAUCAGGAGUGGGAACGGCAUCGAGGGCGCCAGCUUCCUGAGCCCGCAGCCGGUCACGGACGGGGCCUGGCACAGCGUCUCCGUGGCCAUGGAGGAGCCGGCCGCGCUCUCGUCCCGCUGGCUGCUGCGCUUGGACGGCUCGGUGAACGCCACUCUGCGGGGAAACGCCGGCAACCUGGACUUCCUCAAGAACAACGCGUCGGUCGUUUUGGCCGAAAAUUUCACCGGCUGCCUGGGCCGGGUGCAGAUCGGGGGGAUCUUCCUGCCCUUCCCGGCCCACGGGCCGUACCCGCAGCCCGAGCAGUUCCGGCGGGCCGGCCCGGGCGGCGUCCGGCUGGGCUGCUCCGGGGCCGACGUGUGCGCCUCCAGCCCCUGCCUCAACGCCGGCACCUGCGAGGAUCUGUUCAACUCCUUCCGCUGCGGCUGCGGCGCGGGCUGGGCCGGGCGGCGCUGCGAGGCCAACAUCGACGACUGCCAGCCCAGCCCCUGCGUCCACGGCGACUGCGUGGAUGCCGUGGCGGACUUCCAGUGCGAGUGCUUCCGCGGCUUCAUCGGGAAGAGGUGCGACAUCAACGUGGACGACUGCGUGCGGCACCAGUGCCUGAACGGAGCCACCUGCGUGGAUGGCGUGUACGGGUACUCCUGCAAGUGCCCCCCUCAGUACUCCGGACCUCGCUGCGAGUGGCCGUUCCCCCCUCAGCAGUGUGGCAAGAACUUCACCUGCCUGAACGGGGGCAGGUGCAUCACUGAGAGCUGGGGAGCCAACUGCUCCUGCAGGCCUGGCUUCACCGGGAGGAACUGUCAAAUCAACAUAAACGAGUGUGAUCCGAACCCGUGCCAGAACGGGGGCACGUGCCAGGACUCGGAGAACAGAUACGAGUGCGUGUGCAGCGCCAGCUACACCGGCGAGCGCUGCGACAUCAACCAGCGAGUGUGGGCGCACCUCAGCCACUCCUCGGUGGUGGGAGCAGUCGGGGCUGCGGGGGCUGCCCUGCUCCUGGCAGUGGUCGUAGCCACGGCGAUUGCCAUGAAGAGGAGGAGAGCGACUCAGGGAACCUACAGCCCGAGCCGGCAGGAGAAGGACGGGGCCCGAGUGGAAAUGUGGAACGUGAUCAAGAUGCCCCCGACGGAGCGGCUGAUCUGAGCCCGGGGUCACUCCGGAGCUGGGGGAGCGGCUCUGCCCGGCCCCUGGCACUGCCCGCUGGCACUGCCCGCUGCCAUGCGCCAGCGCUGCUCCCUGCACCUCAGCCCACACAGGAGCUCCCCGCAGCUCAUCCCUGUCACUGCUCUGGCUGCGCUGGCGAGGAGGGGAGGGAGCAGCAGCGGUGGCACAGGGGGGACACGGAACCGAGCAGAAGAUGGGGCUGUGUCACAGCCAGAGCCAGCUGGGCCCCUGCUCCUGCAGGCAACAGAAAAACCACCCCGAGGCAGGUCCAGUGAAUGGGAAUUCAACCACAGUAUAGAAAUAAUGUGAAUAAUUCAGGUUUUUUAAAAAGACACGUGCCUGUGGCUCCUCUGCAAGGCUAAGCCAGGUGAGUGAGUGGUGGGAAAUCCUUCCUAGAGCUGCUGCUGCCCUUCCAGCUGGGCCAGAGCUGGCAUGGCAGUAAGUGCCACUGGGCUGUGCUGGACAGGGCUGUUGGAGCUUUCCCUGAGACCAGCCCAAACCACAGGACUAUUUUAAGUGCCUUUUUGCUCCUGAGGUGCCAGUUACAGUUUAACCUUUGUUAAAGGAUGUUUCCAGGCUGUUUGAUCCGGCUCUGACACCCCCUGAGCAGGGCUUUGGAGCUGACCACGGAACUGACCCUUGUGAGAGCCAGGGCUGAGCAUCAGGUGGUACUGGCUGGGGUGAGGAGGGGAGAAAGAGCUCUAGAAGUGACCACUCUGGACCGACAGGUUUGGGCUUGUUGGUACAGAAGAGUGGAAUUUAGUAAACCAAUCCUUGAACCCACACCAGGGCUGUGUAAGUGACACAGCAUCUGCUUUCCACUGCACUAAAAAGGAGUUUGGUUUUGUGGCUUCUCUUGUCCUGUGUUACUGUGGACUGUUUCCUCUUUAGCAUAUUGUGGCAGAGGCUGUGGAAGGAAAUGCAGCACAGCAGGCCAGGUAAGGUCUAAGGUCAUUAGUGUUUCAGGAUAAUCACUACAACUGUCAAUGAGGAAUAUUUUAGAACAGUGGCUGCUUUUUAAUCUCUAAAUACUAUUAAAAAUCAGGGUGGAAACCUGCCCGCUGUAGCUCAUUGCCACAAGAAAAUGCUGUUUAUUCUGGUCUGCUUUUUGGAUUUAUUUUUUCUUCUACCAUAGCUGUAAAUGUUUCUGUAAUUCCAAGCGAAGGGAGGGGCGUGGAACUACUGCUCACAUGUGUCCAUUUAAGAACAAGUGUGUCUGUGUAAGAACAGGUCUCUGCAACAGGCAGCCUGACAGAAGAAUGAAAAUUUUAGAAAAUAGAAAAAAACAAAGGAGCAGGAGACAAUACUUAGCAUGUAAGAUCACUUUCCCUCUAGCACUGAAGAGUGGAAGGUGUGAUGGCGGCCAGCUGUCUGGGAGGCAGCUGGAGCUGGCAGUGACAGAGGGGCCCUGGCUGCAGGUGGGAGCCUGCGGCUGCUUUCCUGUCUGUCAGCAGUGGCUCUGCUGCCACUGUUCUGCACUGGUUUGCUCUGGGCAUCCUCCAGCUGCUCUUGGGGAGGUGCAGCACACUGGGCACUGCCAGUGGCACUGCCGGUGCCCUUGUGGCCCUGGCCCUUUGGGAGCAGGUGAGUGGGGCUUUGCUGUGCCUCUGUGCCAGGACAGUGGGGCUGAGGGGCUGCUCAGCACGGACAGAAAUCCCUCCUGGGCUGAGGGAAGGGCAGUGGGGGCUCCAAGCAGGAGCCCUGGGGUCCCUGUGCUGCCAGGCAAAGCCGCUGUGGUUUCCUACAGCCCGGGGGUGCAAUCACCUCCUGGGGGCUCUGCCACCUCCACCCCAGCACCCCAGGGCAGGUCCUGCUUCUGCCUUUCUGCUCCACUCCACAUUUGGUGUUUACACUGUAUAGAAAUGCGGCAGCAGCAGGAUCUAGAGGAGCUCCUGUUCCUCCAGCCCAUGGGGUGCUGCACACCAGGCCGUGUUCCCAGAGCUCCCUGAGCUCCUGCAAUUCCCUGGGAGGUACAAAUCCCUGGAGCCCCCAUUCCCUGGGAGGUACAGACCCCUGGAGCCCCCAUUCCCUGGGAGGCACAGACCCCUGGAGCCCCCAUUCCCUGGGAGGCACAGACCCCUGGAGCCCCCGGCAGGUCCGGCCGUGCCCCGGCAGCAGCUCCUCAGGGCUGCAUUCCAAGCACCCAAAGCCAGUAUUAGCAAAGGUGUUAAAAUACUCUUGUCAGUGUCUUGAGCAUUUCUGCAAAAUAAUUUAUGGAAGGUGUUUUUUUUUCAAUAAUGAACUUAACUUUCUUUUGAUAUUUAAUUUUUGAAUAUAUUUUUUCACUGGACUUGCUGUAGUUAAUUAUCAUGAUCCUGAUUUCUUUUUUAAUUGUAAAUUUUAUAAUUUGUAAAUAAUUAGAAUGUCCUUCAAAAGAAAUUUGCAAUAAAACUUGGUUAAAAACAGUGACUGUUUUUCCCCGAAGAACACUGUGGUAUCUCCAUGGCUGAUCAUGGUCUGUGCCACAGCCCCUACACAGCUGCAAACCUCGAUGGCUCCUCACAGUUUAAGGAUCCACUUUGCGAUGAUUUGUCCCAGCCCAGAGCCCUGAGCACAGGCCACAGCUGCAGGUGGGGGAACCUCUGCUCUCUGUUCAGCUCACUGAGCCACAUUUUACCAUUAAUCCCUGAGUUUAUGGGCAAUAAAGAGACUGGAAUGUGAGAAAACGGGACUCUGUGCCAGUGACUGCCCCAUCCCUGUGCCCUGAACUGGGAGCCUCCACCCAGAGUGAACAAGAUAGAGAACGGACUUCACCUCCUGUGCAGCAGCAGAUGCACCACGACCUUUGAAGAGGUUUUCCUUGUUGGUUUGUUUUAAAAUAAACUCAUUUCUCAUGGCAGGAGGCAGCUGUAAAUAAGCUAAGUGGAACCAAACACAGGGCAGGAACAUGACAGAGUACAGGAACAUGGACAAAGUCAAGUAUAAAGUCACUGCUGAGUAAGACCAGGAAUGCUUUUUGUACUGGAAUAAUAAAAACAUCCAAACUCUUCCUAGUGCUGAACCAGGGCUGGUUCACACAAGCAAACCACCUGGCACUAUCAGGAACAAAUCAUGUUAGGCAUUCCCGAGUUUAAAUAAGACAAAAAAAAUCCCUAAAUGCUGUCCUAGGGACAGUUCAAUUCCUAUGUUACAAGAAACCCCUAAAACAGUCUCCUGCUUGCAAACCCUGCUCCAGAAGUGAGGAAAGUCACAAACUCCUUGUCCUCCUGGAUCUCAGAGGUGCUAAAUAAAGUGGAGGGUGAACAAAUGGGUGUGAAUUCUCCUCAGUGCCCCAAAACUGACUUAGCAAAUAAUCCAUAAUAUGGGCAAAGUAACCAGAGAUGGAAAUGAACUGCAGUGGGACAGAAUUUCCUGAGUGGUUUAAAGCAUCUGUGAUGGGCUCCUCAGUGUCUGAUCUCUGUGUGACAGUACUGAGUUCACACAGGGCCUGUGGAGCCCUGCCUGGCACAGGCAGAACUGUCCAGUGCCCAGCCACAUCCACCACAAUCCAGAGUUUAUCAUCCAGCUCAUAGCAAAGGAGCUCUGAAAUGCCAGACUGAAUUAUACAGAACAUUCUUAAUCUGAACC